AUGCAGAGCCCCGUGUCUCCCCAAGAAAUCCGCGACUACAUGAGCAACAACGACAUUCUCACCGUGAACUCUUCUUCCUUCCAAAACCACCAAAGCAGCCAGUCCGCUCCUUCGAUCCCUCGCGUCCUUCCGGAGUAUGGCAUCCUUCCCUGCGAAGAUCUGAGCGACUCCUUCGAGAACCAGCACAACUACACGCUGCAGCCCUACGCUGUGGAUAGCUACAUGUUUCCCCAGAGCCAGGGCUACGCGAUUUUGGAGAAGCAGUGGAUUCAAUCCAACGCACAGCGAUGGGAGAAGCACACCCUUGCUUGGAAGGAGUUUCUGCAAAAUCUUGGCGGCACGGCGAAGCUGAGUUUCAGCUGGUCGCGACAGUCUGGGAAGAAAUGGACGCAGUCGCUCACGUCGAUGAAUCGUCAGCGAAACACGCUGCGAAUGCUGAUGCAUGGAGGCGUGCCGAACGAAUAUCGAGCCGAUGUUUGGUAUCGGCUGAGCGGCGGAAGCGAGUUGAAGGCUCGUUCUCCGAACUCGUAUCAGCAGUUGUAUCAGUCACAACUGGAUUCGCGAAUUCGAAACCAGAUCGACCAGGAUGUGAAGCGAACGUUCCCUACGCACUCUCUCUUCGCGAAACGUGUGGUGGGAGAAGAGAAAGCGGGAGAGACUCGCCUGGAAGAAGCCCCCUAUGUGGCUUCGCUUCGGCGGAUUCUGCUGGCGAGCUCGGUGGUUUGCGAAGACUUCACAUACUGCCAAGGAAUGAAUCUGCUGGCUGCCCUUCUGUUGGUCGUGAUUCUUGACGAGGAAACAACGUUCUGGACGUUUGUUGGUCUUCUGCAGUAUUCAUUUCCACCGCAUUAUUUCGAUGAAACGCUGAGCGGAGCGAGGAUUGAUGCAGUUUUGCUCGAUUUGGAUGGAUGA